AUGUUUCAUGGGGCGGAUCUAAAUCCUUAUAUUAACUUGUUCUCUAACAUAACGUCUGAAAUGUUUCGACUUUUUCGUUCUCUUCUUGAUGCCUUGUGCAAAUGUAAACAGUUAGAUGAAAUUCAAGAAGAAUACAUGAAAAAUGAUUCGAGUGAAAGCUCUUACACAAUGAUGAGCGGUAUACUGACACUUGUUCAAAAAGAUUUAUUAUUUGCAUCAAGCAAGCUUCGCAUCAGGAAUAGAAUCGUCAACUUAUAA